AUGCGAACCAGAAGUUCUACGCGAGAGGAGAAUUCUCUGCCAUCGAUAUUCCGUUCUGCUCCACUCAACUCGGCAAGUACGGACGAUUCGGAAUUGUCAACGGACUCCAAACCAGAAAAGGACAUGGAAUUCCAGCGGGACGUUUCCACGAGCGAGUCUGUGUUUAAAUUGCCAACGAUUGACGGCUCACGGACUAAUAGUGUCACAACUUUUAUGACUACUCCCAACUCCAACUCUCGCACACACCGUCAAUCUCGCGAGAGGUCACGACGGCGUUUGUGCAAAUCACCAAGUUGUCCUUCUAAUAUUGGAUUUACUGGUCAAAAGAGCAUUGAAUUAGAAUCACCAACAGACACAGAUAAAACGUUGCUGAAUGUCAGUCCCGGCAACGAGGACAAUGAAUUGAAAUUGCCUGAUAUUUACCGGAAUUCAAAUAGCCUUUCUCUGCCGACGAGUUCACAAAGUGAAAAAAUCAAUCCAUGGCAAUCGGCACGUGAACACACGUCACGGAGGUCGUUACGUCGUACCGAGUCGUGCCGUGACGCGUACAACAUUGGAAGCCCCGUCAUGGAAGCAAAGGUGAAGGACCAUCACAGGUCACAAACACAUGCGGCUUUGCUUCUACCCAUCAGAAAUAGCGAAACACGGGUUUCUUUGAAGGGUAAGAAAAAGAAGAACUCACAGGUCUCCCCGAGGACAUAUCAAGACUUCUCAACUCACAUUCAAACGGAACUCAGUAAUGGUGCUCAAAGUGGUUGGGAAAGCGAAUAUGAUAGUGAUUUAUAUGAAAGUGCGCGUGGAUCGGGAAAUAAUGCGUUCGAUCGUAUUAUGGAGGAGGCGGACGGACAUGUGGACAUCACGAGUUCACGCAAUAUGAAACCCUGGCUGAAGGAGCGACAAAAGGAGGGUCAGGUGAAAGCGUAG